AUGACGGAAAAAACGAAGAUAGAUUACACUCAUCCUUUGUUUCUACAGCCGUCCGAUACUCUUGGAUUGGUGUUGAUUCCAAUUCAACUCAUAGGAUCUGAAAACUAUGGAUUAUGGAGUAGAUCUAUGCGCCUUGCUUUGAAGGCAAAGUGCAAAUUAGGUUUCAUUACUGGAACAUGUCUCAAGGCUUCAUUUCCAGAUGAAUUGCAUGAAGAAUGGGAGACAUGCAAUGCUAUAGUGCAUUCAUGGAUUAUGAACUCAGUAUCGAAGGAUCUACUAAGUGGUAUAAUCUAUGCCUCUGACGCACAUGCAGUGUGGGAGGAUCUUCAGGAACGCUUUGACAAAGUAAAUCGAGUGAGAAUUUUCCAAUUGCACAGAGGAAUCUCUAGGUUGACACAGGGAUCUGAUUCUGUUGCUGUAUAUUUCACAAAAUUAAAGGAACUAUGGGCUGAAUAUGAUGUGCUUGUACCUUCUCCAAAUUGUGGUUGUAAGAAAUCGAAGGAAUAUGUUGUGCAACUGCACCAACAGAGAUUGAUGCAGUUUUUGGAUGGAUUGAAUGACACAUAUGAUCAAGCUCGAAGGAAAAUUUUGAUGAAGAUGACUGAACCAACACUAAAUCAGGUAUAUGCCAUGAUCACACAGGAUGAGAGCCAACAGUCUGUGGGAGGCAGUGCUAUGGCAGAGAAGGUAGAUCCUAUGGCAAUGCAAGUUGGGAGAGGUCAAGGUUUUCGAGGGAAGAAACAGUUCCUACAGUGUGAGCAUUGUCAUAUGAAAGGCCACACUAAGGAGAACUACUUCAAAAUAAUUGGAUAUCCUGAGGAUUUCAGAGGAAAGAAGAGUUAUCAAUCUAAGGAGUAUAGGCCCAAGGGACAUUAUGUUGCAGCCAACAAUGUGGAGUUAUCAGGAUCUUCAAACUCACAAGGAACAACACUGCAGAAAGGAGACUAUUUCUUUACUGAGGCACAGUACCAGCAGAUACUUCACCUGCUUAAUAGAGAUGUUGCAGCUUCAGAUACACAGACACAAGCAAACAUGGCAGGUAACAUUGUAUCUCUUACUGCAAAAGUGUGUAAUGAUAAUUGGAUAGUGAAUUCAGGGGCCACACAUCACAUAACAUCAUCAUUAGAUCUACUUCAAGAUGUCAAGAACAUAGAUAAUCACAAAAGAGAAAAGGCGAGACUACCAAAUGGGGAUAGUACUGAUGUUACACAUGUUGGUAGUACACAAAUUUCUGCAGAAACUAAACUGGACAAUGUGUUGUAUGUCCUAGAUUUUAAGUUCAACUUAAUGUCAAUCUCAAAGUUGACUAUGGACUUACAGUGUGGUGCUCUAUUCCUGCCCAAAAUAUGUGUAUUUCAAGAUCUUUACACUGGCAGGGUGAAGGGGAUUGGUAAGGAGACUGGUGAUCUUUAUCUGAUAAGAGGAAGGAGAACAACACAGAUAGCUGCUCAUAUCAAUUCAAUGGAGAGAAAUAAAGACAAAGAUACUGGAGAACUCUGGCACAAACGAUUAGGACAUCCUUCAUUACCAGUAAUGCACCAUAUUUCUUUUCUGCAUAAUAAGAUAGACAAUGUUAUACACAACAAGUGUUCUGUUUGUCCAUUAGCCAAGCAGCAUUAG